AUGAAAUCCCCGUAUUGCCCUUACCUUCUCUUCUUUCUCGUCCGCCGUUUUCUGCCCUUCACCGCACUUCCUUCUACGUGUGUCGCCGCCACAUGCGGCGCGGCUAAUUGGCUGGCUCCGCCCACGUUAGCCAAAAUAUAUUUUUCCCUAUCGGAAAUUUCGCUCAAUCAAGCUAUAACAAUCGAUGGCCGUGUUUCUAUUACAGAACUUCGUCAAGUUCAUCCCAAUCAGAGUGUCCAGGAAUCCACCGACGAAAUCCUGAACCAAAUCGUAGCUUGUGAGAACAAUCCUACUGUUUCUAGAGAAGAAAUUUGUAUCAACCACAUUCGAAGGCUGUGCGCUGCCGAAAACCUUCAAGCAGCCGUCAUUCUCCCGCAGAAAUUACGCGGUAAGCACAUUUUCCUCGGCCCCCGUGUGUAUAAUUACCUGCUAGAAGCUUCGGUUGAGAAGAAUGAUGUCGAGGCCCUCUCUCAAGUUUUUAGGGAUCUUCUUGUAUUUUCUGGCUCAAUCAUUUUUAGCUCAUAUCUAAUCGUCGCUAAAGCUCUUGGAAAGCUUGAUAAUCCUUCUGUGUUGCUGAAUUUCAUCAAACAAGUUAGCGAAUUGGAACUGCCCAGAAUCGAUAUUGUUCUGAACAGGCUUAUAUUUGCUCUGGCUAAAUGUGGGCAUGUCGAAAGUGCCUUGUUGGUAGUCGAUCAAAUGAAGAGCUUGAAAUGUGAGCCGGAUUUGGUCACAUACAAUACGGUUUUGUCGAUUUUGGGUCGUCAGGGGCGAGUUGAUGACAUGCUGCGUUUGUUUGAGCUGAUGAAAGCUGCUGCUGGUCUUGCUCCGGAUAUCAUAGCGUAUAACACAGUCUUGAAUUGUGUUCGUAAAAUGGGUAGAUUGGAUUUGUGCUUGUUGUACUUUGAGGAGAUGAGUGAAAGAGGCAUUCAACCGGAUGUGGUGAGCUAUAAAGCUCUGAUCGAGAGCUUAGGGAGAUCAGGGCAUGUUGAAGAAGCCUUGAGAGCGUUUGAUGAGAUGAAAUGUAGAGGGAUCAGUCCUUCAGUUCAUAUCUACCGGGCUUUGGUUUUUAGUUUAAUGAAAUCUGGGAGAUUGGAGUUGGCUUCGAAAUUCUCCACGGAGAUGAAUAAACUCUUUCCGAAACCAGUUGUUCCAAGGGAUUUCCGGUUUGAGAAAUACAAAUAA